GAAAUAUAUAAGUUGUAGUUUUUUGACAAAUUAAAAUUAUCCUUGCGUUUUGAUCAGUAGGAGCCAUUGUGGUGCCAAUCGUUACUUAUGUCAUUCUCGCAUUUCUUGCACUGCAACUCUUGUAGAAAUAAUGCCAUGUAUAUGUACAACAAUGCCGCAAAAACUGCACGCAGACUCAUGUGACCUCCACCGUGGCGCACGAUUUCGCAGUACGACGCUGCAGCGCUAUCAUCCUCAAAAAUUAGCGGAAAAAUACUGCCAGCAGGUGCGCCCGCGCGGUUCUGACGACGAUCGGCAACUUAUAUAUUACGCACCGGCGCGACUGCAGCCAUGAACAAUCGAAAGUCCUGGUCGGCGAAAUGCGGUGGAGCACUCUGCGAGGCCGUGUCGUGCGAGAUCUUGAAAUUGGUGCUGCAGAGUGACCAGCAGCAGCGUGACGCGAGCGCGGCUGCGGGUGUUCCGACGGCGAGCAGCUGUCCCGCGGUCCUGCGGUGUGUGGUGCGGCACUUUCCGGACUUCGUCUCGACGUGGCUGGGCCGCCCGAAUUCCGGCGUGCGGGUCGCAGCCAAGGAGGCGUCAGCGGAAGGAAUCCAGCACUUCUGCCGGUACGUGUGCACGACGCUGGUGCUGCAGCCCGAUGUGCUACUGAAUGUCUGGAUCUUGCUCCAAAGGUACUGCGCGCAGCGGGCGCUUUUGCUCUCCUCCGGCGGCGCGAGGAGCCCGGGCGGGGGCGGGACAGCAAAGCCGAGUACUUCGGCGCGGUAUCAUGGAAAGACCGACAAUAUUCAAGGAAAACAUCAUGAUGACCGCACGAAUAAAAUACCAAACAGCAGUGCUGCUCUCGCCUUGGGGAAAGAGUCCUGGCCACUGCUGCUAAUCGCCGCUGUGAUGAGCGCGCUACCCGCGUACGAGGACCACGGACCCUCGCUGUACGAGUACAGUGUCGCGGUCAAGGAGUGGCCCGGGUUUUCAGAGCACUAUGGGUUGCGUCUGAAGAAAAAAAGCACGAGCACUUGCUCCGCUGGAGCUGCGCCGCCUUCGUUACUUCACAAACAGGACCAAGUACGACGACAACCUCCCGCGUGCUUUGGGUGCGAGACCGCAGAGGCCGUGUUGGUACGGGUCUUCUUCAACCACCCGGCGCUGUUGCAACGGAAGCUGUUUAGCCGCAAGAACCUGUUGCACGCGCAACUGCAUUUUCUCGAGGUGGUUCAGUAUCGCGUGUUCGUUCACCCCGACGUCUGGACGACGCAGUAUGAAAAGUUGCUCCAGGUUGUACAGACUGGCGACAAAAUGCAAAACAAAGACAGCAUCGACCUUUUACCUGAGCAUGAUGACAAGCUGUCGACCUUCUCCGAUGAAGAUCGCGAAAACGACAACAACUACGAUGUACGGCUCGCACCUGUUGGGAGUCCUCUGCGCAGGAGCGUGCAGAUAAAACCCCCAGAACCCGCGGAAUUGCGCGAAACGCGCUUAGAAAUGUGGGCAACGUCUCGGGAGGAUGACAGCAACUGCGUCCUCGGCGUAAACACUUGUGAGGAAAAUAGGCACAGAGCGAAUGCUGGCUCGGGUCGUUUGCAGACAACGCGCUGGAGCCACGAGCACGCCGGUAGGGUCUCCGCCGGAACUGCACUCGCGUCGCCGCAGAGCGGAUACGACUUGUUGCGGUCAACAUCUGGGAAUAGAGGAAGGCGGAGCACAAAACAGGGAGAAAUUUUCGCUGACGGCGCCAACGUAGAAGUACCAAACGGAUUGAUAGCAGGACAACUUUCCCGCCCGGAGGACAUGUUUGUGACUGCUCACGAUGUUGAAGACACCGACGUGGUGCCACCAGCGGUUGUUGCAGAUCAUGACCUACACCAGCAGACAGCAGCACUGUGGAACCGAGAGAGCUAUGAACUGCAAAAGUAUCGUACUAGUGUAAAUUGCAAUACAAAUUUCCUUAGCAUGAGAAAUGGAAUUUGUCAUGCGGAUUUGCCUUGAUAAAACGAUUUGUAAUGCAAGACUUGCAUCCAUACGAGUACGAUACUUUUGCAAUUGAUAGGAGCCGCGGUUUUCUGGAUCCCGACAUUUUCUCCUCCAGCGGAGGAGACAUCAGCGACGACGACGCUAUCGUGAGGAAAAAUCCCCCUUCCCCAUAUCAACAAGGUAUAUUUUUGGAAAUGUGUGAUGCUGAUUUGUGGUCACAAACCGUGUCUGUCUUGCAAGAAGGCAACUGCGCAGACAGCCGCCGCAUUGUGCAGGCGGUUUGCCAUGCUGUUGGGCCUACAGCGCGGAGGUUUAUCAUGCUAAGCGCCUAGGCCAAAACCUCUCUACUCACGCUUCGUAUGGGCCUGCAAAGCCCUCCAGCAAGACAGCUCGGAUUUGUGUACAGAAGUCCAGCAUCAGAAGUUUUGUUUUGAUAUGGGGAGGGGGGAUUUUUCCUCACAAUAGACGCGAAUGGCUGUUUGGCAGGUCCUCCCAUUCACAACCAGCGUCCCGCAUCUCCAGUGUCUUCGCGGUGUCGUCGUCGCGCGUCAGCUACGUCGAGGGCGGGUGUCGGGGCGGCGGGCCGCCUUUCGAGUGGUUUGAGAAAAGUCAAGAGUACGACCAGCGGAGCAGGUGGACGAGGGCUCAUCAAACCGUCUCCCAGUUCGCCAUCGCAGAAAAUACUUGUGCCGGAGCAAGAUCGCGGCUCAACAUUGCUGGGCCCCCUUGCAGGAGCUGCGCGUCUGUCUAGCGGGAUGAAAACAACUUCUGGGGUAUUGUGAGGAAAAAUCCCCCCUCCCCAUAUUCAGAACGUAGCCUUCUGAAAAUUUGUGAUGCAGAUUUGUGAUCCCAAAUCCUCUUUGUCUUGCAAGGAUGCAAAUCCAGAGAGUCCGCCGCGUUGUAGAGGCGAUUUGUAAUGCUGUAAGACCUACGGGGCAGUUGUCUGCCAUGCUAAGCGCCUACACCAGAAGACCCCUACCCAGGCUUAGCAUCUUCGUGCAGUGUUCUACUGCAAGACAGAUCCAAUUUGUGUACACAAAUCCCGCACCACAGAUUUUCGUUUCGAUAUGGGGAGGGGGGAUUUUUGAUGUUGAUAUGGGGCGAGAAACACUCAUCGGAGUUCCACCACCGCCCUCGCGAUCGAGAGCAACAACUUGAAUCUAUCCUGUGUAAAAACGUCCCCACACCAGAGUCAAGAUGGGGAUUUUGCAACACAAACCUGGAAGUUUUGGGACUCAUGCAUCACAAGUUCCAGUCCGUAGUGUAGUGCAGGUCAGCAAUGGCAAACGCAUCAGAAAUCCAUCUGCUUAUCCUGGUUACAGCAUUACAAAUGCCAAAACACGACUACAAAUUCCUCUCAUGGGGAUGCCCAUUACAAAUGUUCCUGUCAUUGCAAAUCUGCAUGACAACUCUGGGGUGGGGACGUUUUUACAAAUGAUAGAAUCGGGUCAGCGACCAAGUUCCCAGCCUUCCCAGUGCCUCGCGCUUCUUUCGGCGGAGUCGGAGCGACCACAACUGCAGUUACAACAGCGCCGCGUCCUUGCAGCUGGCGCGGCAGCGCAGCGGAAAAGUGCAUCCGCUGCUCGCGGCCAAGGAGGGCAGCCGCGAGAUGUCCCAACGCAGUCUGGUGUCUUUGUGGCGCGAGAAAGCCUCCAUGCCCAUGUUUGUAAACGAGGACCCCGCGGAGGAGCCGGAAGGUGUGCUGUCGCAGCAGCGACUCCAGCAAAUCCGGCAAUCGCUAGAGGACCUGGACCGCGCGCUCGGCCGCAAGAAUUCCCAUUCCGUGGACGAAAUGAGCGUUCGGCAGAGUGAGGAACUCUCUCGGCGGCUGUUCGAAAACAGUUGCGCGACCGGCGGUGGCGGGGCUUGCAUUACUACAUCAAAGGGAACCAAGACAAAUCAUACCACACUCGCGGAGUGCCGCACCACCGCCGGCACGAUGAGCUACCGGGCCAGUUUGUUGGCAAAUAGUACGACUUCCGAAAGUUGUAGUAGUACUCUGCGGGAAUCAACAGCGCUGCCGAUGUUCUUUUCGGCAAACAACAACUUCAUAGCAUCUCGGAGCGCGUCGAAUUUCAUGCUGGUCGGAUCGAAGGUCUCAUUGGGUACCGAAAACGCAGACCCUGAGACGGACGAAACGGAGCACUAGCUGCGGAAGAAUGUUGUCGCUGAGAAAGUUCUUUCAUCUUUUCGCAGCGGCGCCGGGGAUAGAAGAGACACCUGUGUACAGCCAGGUGCAGCUGAUAUUAUUUCCAUGAACGACGGUGGACCUAGGGCCCAAAAAUGCAAGUUAACAACCCCGCCUACACUAUCUCUUUCUUAAGAACUGCAAAAGUAUAAACAACAUGGAAUCUAUAGCUUUUCUCGGUGCAAAACUAAAGGUUUUUGGUUUUUUACUCUUUUCUGUUUCUUAAGGAUAGAAAUGGAACCAGAAGAUGUACGAGAUUGUAUGAAAUAGAAAGAAAGAGCCUACUUUUAGCAUGAAUCGAGCAUAGUUGUGCCUCUUUGGACAUCAUCAUGAAGAGAAGAAUCAUUGGAACAAGCGACACGCCUAUCUCUACAGAGCCAAAAUACAUCGAACGCUACUGAACCCUCGCCAAGUCUAGAGACUUUUCAGAUUUCGCUAUAGGAGGUCUGUAGUCUGGGUCUCCCGCAAGAUCUUGAUCACUGCAUUUUUUGUGAUAGUUUCAGUGAAGAACUA